AUGAGGAUUUUUAGACCGUGGAGACUGCGCUGACCUGCCUUGCACCUGCCCUCACUUCCCGUGUUCUCACUCAAGUGGAGUUCGCCCUCCCUCGCCACUGACGAGACCAUGUGUAAAAGUGUGACCACAGGUGAAUGGAAGAAAAUCUUCUACGAGAAGAUGGAGGAGGCAAAGCCAGCUGACAGCUGGGACCUCAUCAUCGAUCCCAACCUCAAGCACAAUGUGCUAGCCCCAGGCUGGAAGCAGUACCUGGAGUUGCAUGCCUCAGGCAGGUUCCACUGCUCCUGGUGCUGGCAUACCUGGCAGUCGCCCCACGUGGUCAUCCUCUUCCACAUGUACCUGGACCGCGCCCGGCGGGCGGGCUCGGUGCGCAUGCGCGUCUUCAAGCAGCUGUGCUACGAGUGCGGCACGGCGCGGCUGGACGAGUCGAGCAUGCUGGAGGAGAACAUCGGGAGCCUGGUGGACAACCUCAUCAGCAGCCUGCGCGAGCAGUGCUACGGGGAGCGCGGCGGCCAGUAUCGCAUCCACGUGGCCAGCCGCCAAGACAGCCGGCGGCACCGCGGAGAGUUCUGCGAGGCCUGCCAGGAGGGCAUCGUGCACUGGAAGCCCAGCGAGAAGCUGCUGGAGGAGGAGGCGACAACCUACACCUUCUCCCGGGCUCCCAGCCCCACCAAGCCACAGGCCGAGGCGGAUUCUGGCUGCAAUUUCUGCUCCAUCCCCUGGUGCUUGUUUUGGGUCACGGUCCUGCUGCUGAUCAUCUACCUGCAGUUCUCCUUCCACAGCUCCGUCUAA